AUGGAGGCUGCCCCGGGGCCUGCUGGCUGGCAAUGCCGCUCCCGGAGGGCGGGGCAUACAGUUAUCCAGGUUGCGGGGCUGGCGGGCGGGCUGGAGGAGGCCGCCCGGGCCUCGGCAUGGAGUAGCAGCGGCCCGGCGUCAGAGGCGGAGGCUCGAGUCCUGUAUACAGAUUGCGGGGCGGGCAGGCGCGGCCCGGCGCUCUGCAUAGCGGCAGGCCGGGUGUGCGCAGCCGGGCGGCGCCGAGCGGCGGCCGCCGCCUCAGCAGCUUCUUCGUCGUCCGCCUCGUCUUCGUCUUCGUCAUCGUCCUCAGCCUCCUCUGGGCCAGCCCUGCUGCGGGUGGGCCCGGGCUUCGACGCGGCGCUGCAGGUCUCGGCCGCCAUCGGCACCAACCUGCGCCGGUUCCGGGCAGUGUUUGGGGAGAGCGGCGGGGGAGGCGGCAGCGGAGAGCUAACAACACAGAUCCCAUGUAGUUGGAGAACCAAAGGCCUCAUACAUGACAAAAAGACUGAACCGUUCAGGUUACUUGCAUGGAGUUGGUGCUUAAAUGAUGAGCAGUUCUUAGGUUUUGGCUCAGAUGAAGAAGUCAGAGUUCGAAGUCCCACAAGGUCUCCUUCAGUUAAAACUAGUCCUCGAAAACCUCGCGGGAGACCUAGAAGUGGCUCUGACCGAAAUUCAGCUAUCCUCCCAGACCCAUCUGUGUUUUCCCCUCUAAAUAAAUCAGAGACCAAAUCUGGAGAUAAGAUCAAGAAGAAAGAUUCUAAAAGUAUAGAAAAGAAAAGAGGAAGACCUCCCACAUUCCCUGGAGUAAAAAUCAAAAUAACACAUGGAAAGGACAUUUCAGAGUUACCAAAGGGAAACAAAGAAGAUAGCCUGAAAAAAAUUAAACGGACACCUUCUGCUACAUUUCAACAAGCCACAAAGAUUAAAAAAUUAAGAGCAGGUAAACUCUCUCCUCUCAAGUCUAAGUUUAAGACAGGGAAGCUUCAAAUAGGAAGGAAAGGGGUGCAGAUUGUACGACGGCGAGGAAGGCCUCCAUCAACAGAACGGAUAAAGACCCCUUCGGAUCUCCUCAUUAAUUCUGAACUGGAAAAGUCCCAGAAGGUUCGGAAAGACAAGGAAGGAACACCUCCACCCACGAAAGAAGAUAAGACAGUUGUCAGACAAAGCCCUCGAAGGAUUAAGCCGGUCAGGAUUAUUCCUUCUUCUAAAAGGACAGAUGCAACAAUUGCUAAGCAACUUUUGCAGAGGGCAAAAAAGGGGGCUCAAAAGAAAAUUGAGAAAGAAGCAGCACAGCUGCAAGGAAGAAAGGUGAAGACACAGGUCAAAAACAUCCGACAGUUCAUCAUGCCUGUUGUCAGUGCUAUCUCCUCACGAAUCAUUAAAACCCCUCGGCGGUUUAUAGAGGAUGAGGAUUAUGACCCUCCCAUUAAAAUUGCCCGGCUGGAGUCUACACCAAAUAGUAGAUUCAGUGCCACAUCCUGUGGAUCUUCUGAAAAAUCAAGUGCAGCUUCUCAGCACUCCUCUCAAAUGUCUUCAGACUCCUCCCGAUCUAGCAGCCCCAGUGUUACUUCCACAGAUUCUCAGGCCUCUGAGGAGAUUCAGGUACUUCCUGAAGAGCGGAGUGACACCCCUGAAGUUCAUACUCCACUGCCUAUUUCCCAGUCCCCAGAAAACGAGAGUAAUGAUCGGAGAAGCAGAAGGUAUUCAGUGUCAGAGAGAAGUUUUGGAUCUAGAACAACUAAAAAAUUACCAACUCUGCAGAGUGCCCCCCAGCAGCAGACCUCCUCCUCUCCACCUCCACCUCUGCUUACUCCCCCUCCUCCACUGCAGCCAGCCUCCAGUAUCUCUGACCACACACCCUGGCUUAUGCCUCCAACAAUCCCCUUAGCAUCACCGUUUUUGCCUGCUUCUGCUGCUCCCAUGCAAGGGAAGCGAAAAUCUAUUUUGCGAGAGCCGACAUUUAGGUGGACUUCUUUAAAGCAUUCUAGGUCAGAGCCACAAUACUUUUCCUCAGCAAAGUAUGCCAAAGAAGGUCUGAUUCGCAAACCAAUAUUUGAUAAUUUCCGACCCCCUCCACUAACUCCUGAGGAUGUUGGCUUCGCAUCUGGUUUUUCUACAUCUGGUUCUGCUGCUUCAGCCAGGUUGUUUUCACCACUCCAUUCUGGAACAAGGUUUGAUAUGCACAAAAGGAGCCCUCUUCUGAGAGCUCCAAGAUUUACUCCAAGUGAGGCACACUCUAGAAUAUUUGAGUCUGUAACCUUGCCUAGUAAUCGAACUUCUGCUGGAACAUCCUCUUCAGGAGUAUCUAAUAGAAAAAGGAAAAGAAAAGUGUUUAGUCCUAUUCGAUCUGAACCAAGAUCUCCUUCUCACUCUAUGAGGACAAGAAGCGGAAGGCUAAGUACUUCUGAGCUGUCACCUCUCACCCCCCCGUCUUCUGUCUCUUCCUCGUUAAGCAUUUCUGUUAGUCCUCUUGCCACUAGUGCCUUAAACCCAACUUUUACUUUUCCUUCUCAUUCCCUGACUCAGUCUGGGGAAUCUCCAGAGAAAAAUCAGAGACCAAGGAAGCCGACUUGUGCUCCAGCAGAGCCAUUUUCAUCAAGUAGUCCUACUCCUCUCUUUCCUUGGUUUACCCCAGGCUCUCAGACUGAGAGGGGGAGAAAUAAAGACAAGGCCCCUGAGGAGCUGUCCAAAGAUCGAGAUGCUGAGAAGAGCAUGGAGAAGGACAAGAGUAGAGAGAGAGAUCGGGAGAGAGAAAAAGAGAAUAAGCGGGAGUCAAAGAAAGAGAAAAGAAAAAAGGGAUCAGAAAUUCAGAGUAGUUCUGCUUUGUAUCCUGUGGGUAGGGUUUCCAAAGAGAAGGUGGUUGGUGAAGAUGUUGCCACUUCAUCUUCUGCCAAAAAAGCAACUGGGCGGAAGAAGUCUUCAUCACUUGAUUCUGGGACUGAUAUUGCUUCUGUGACUCUUGGGGAUACAACAGCUGUCAAAACCAAAAUACUUAUAAAGAAAGGGAGAGGAAAUCUGGAAAAAAACAACUUGGACCUCGGCCCAACUGCCCCAUCCCUGGAGAAGGAGAAAACCCUCUGCCUUUCCACUCCUUCAUCUAGCACUGUUAAACAUUCCACUUCCUCCAUAGGCUCCAUGUUGGCUCAGGCAGACAAGCUUCCAAUGACUGACAAGAGGGUUGCCAGCCUCCUAAAAAAGGCCAAAGCCCAGCUCUGCAAGAUUGAGAAGAGUAAGAGUCUUAAACAAACUGACCAGCCCAAAGCACAGGGUCAAGAAAGUGAUUCAUCAGAGACCUCUGUGCGAGGACCUCGAAUUAAACAUGUCUGUAGAAGAGCUGCUGUUGCCCUUGGCCGAAAACGAGCUGUGUUUCCUGAUGACAUGCCCACCCUGAGUGCCUUACCAUGGGAAGAACGAGAAAAGAUUUUGUCUUCCAUGGGAAAUGAUGACAAGUCAUCAAUUGCUGGCUCAGAAGAUGCUGAACCUCUUGCUCCACCCAUCAAACCAAUUAAGCCUGUCACCAGAAACAAGGCCCCUCAGGAACCUCCAGUAAAGAAAGGACGAAGAUCAAGGCGCUGUGGGCAGUGUCCUGGCUGCCAGGUGCCUGAGGACUGUGGAGUUUGCACUAAUUGCUUAGACAAGCCCAAGUUUGGUGGCCGCAAUAUAAAGAAGCAGUGCUGCAAGAUGCGAAAAUGUCAGAAUCUACAAUGGAUGCCUUCCAAAGCCUACCUUCAGAAGCAAGCUAAAGCUGUGAAAAAGAAAGAGAAAAAGUCUAAGACCACUGAAAAGAAAGAAAGCAAAGAGAGCACUAUUGUGAAAAGCUUGGUGGACUCUAGUCAGAAACCUCCCCCAUCAGCACGUGAGGAUCCUGCCCCAAAGAAGAGCAGCAAUGAGCCUCCACCUCGAAAGCCAGUGGAGGAAAAGAUUGAAGAAGGGAAUGCCCCUGCACCCGGGCCUGAGCCCAAACAAGUCACCACUCCUGCUUCUAGGAAGUCCAGCAAGCAGGUCUCCCAGACAGCACCAGUCAUCCCCCCUCAGCCACCUAGCACAGCACCACCAAGGAAAGAGAUUCCCAAGAUCACUCCGAGUGAGCCUAAGAAAAAGCAGCCUGUACCACCAGAGUCAGGUCCAGAGCAAAGCAAACCGAAAAAAGUGGCUCCCCGCCCAAGUAUUCCUGUAAAACAAAAACCAAAAGAAAAGGAAAAACCUCCUCCAGUCAAUAAGCAGGAGAAUACAGGCACUUUGAACAUACUCAGCACUCUCUCAAAUGGCAAUAGUUCUAAGCAAAAAAUCCCUGCAGAUGGAGUCCACAGGAUCAGAGUGGACUUUAAGGAGGAUUGUGAAGCAGAAAACGUGUGGGAGAUGGGAGGCUUAGGAAUCUUGACCUCCGUUCCUAUAACACCCAGGGUGGUUUGCUUUCUCUGUGCCAGUAGUGGGCAUGUAGAAUUUGUGUAUUGCCAAGUGUGUUGUGAGCCCUUCCACAAGUUUUGUUUAGAGGAGAACGAGCGCCCUCUGGAGGACCAGCUGGAAAAUUGGUGUUGUCGUCGAUGCAAGUUCUGUCAUGUUUGUGGAAGGCAGCAUCAGGCUACAAAGCAACUGCUGGAGUGUAAUAAGUGCCGAAACAGCUAUCACCCUGAGUGCCUGGGACCAAACUAUCCCACCAAACCCACAAAGAAAAAGAAAGUUUGGGUGAGUACGCACAUUAUGCUGUUUCAGAAAGAAUUUGCUGAGGAUCAAACCCCAUGCCAUACAUGUGCUAGCACUACUGCAGUCUUUACUCUGCUUUCAGGAAACUUCUGCCCUCUCUGUGACAAGUGUUAUGAUGAUGAUGACUAUGAGAGUAAGAUGAUGCAGUGUGGGAAGUGUGAUCGCUGGGUCCAUUCCAAAUGUGAGAAUCUUUCAGGUACAGAAGAUGAGAUGUAUGAGAUUCUAUCUAAUUUGCCGGAAAGUGUGGCCUACACUUGUGUCAACUGUACUGAGCGGCAUCCUGCUGAGUGGCGACUGGCUCUUGAAAAAGAACUACAGAUUUCUCUGAAGCAAGUUCUGACAGCCUUGUUGAAUUCACGGACUACCAGCCAUUUGCUACGCUACCGGCAGGCUGCGAAGCCUCCAGACUUAAACCCUGAGACAGAGGAGAGUAUACCUUCUCGAAGCUCUCCAGAAGGACCUGAUCCCCCAGUUCUUACUGAGGUCAGCAAGCAGGAUGAUCAACAGCCUUUAGAUCUGGAGGGAGUCAAGAGGAAAAUGGACCAGGGGAGCUACACAUCUGUGUUGGAGUUCAGUGAUGAUAUCGUGAAGAUCAUUCAAGCAGCCAUUAAUUCAGAUGGAGGGCAGCCAGAGAUUAAAAAAGCCAACAGCAUGGUCAAGUCCUUCUUUAUUCGGCAAAUGGAACGAGUUUUUCCAUGGUUCAGCGUCAAAAAGUCAAGGUUUUGGGAGCCAAAUAAAGUGUCAAGCAACAGUGGGAUGUUACCAAACGCAGUGCUUCCACCUUCACUUGACCAUAAUUAUGCUCAGUGGCAGGAGCGAGAGGAAAACAGCCACACUGAGCAGCCUCCUUUAAUGAAGAAAAUCAUUCCAGCUCCCAAACACAAAGGGCCUGGAGAACCAGACUCACCAACUCCUCUACAUCCUCCUACUCCACCAAUUUUGAGUACUGACAGGAGCCGAGAAGACAGUCCAGAGCUGAACCCACCCCCAGGCAUAGAAGAUAAUAGACAGUGUGCAUUAUGUUUAAUGUACGGUGAUGACAGUGCUAAUGAUGCUGGCCGUUUGCUAUACAUUGGCCAAAAUGAAUGGACACAUGUAAAUUGUGCUUUGUGGUCAGCGGAAGUGUUUGAAGAUGAUGAUGGUUCACUAAAGAAUGUGCAUAUGGCUGUGAUCAGAGGCAAGCAGCUGCGAUGUGAAUUCUGCCAAAAGCCAGGAGCCACUGUGGGUUGCUGUCUUACAUCCUGCACCAGCAACUAUCAUUUCAUGUGUUCCCGAGCCAAGAACUGUGUCUUCCUGGAUGAUAAAAAAGUGUAUUGCCAACGACAUCGGGAUUUGAUCAAAGGCGAGGUGGUUCCUGAGAAUGGAUUUGAAGUUUUUAGAAGAGUGUUUGUGGACUUUGAAGGAAUCAGCUUGAGAAGGAAGUUCCUCAAUGGUUUAGAACCAGAAAAUAUCCACAUGAUGAUUGGCUCAAUGACGAUUGACUGCUUAGGAAUUCUGAAUGAUCUCUCUGACUGUGAAGACAAGCUCUUUCCUAUUGGAUAUCAGUGUUCCCGGGUGUACUGGAGCACCACAGAUGCUCGCAAGCGCUGUGUGUACACGUGCAAGAUAGUGGAAUGCCGUCCUCCAGUUGUAGAGCCAGAUAUCAACAGCACUGUUGAACACGAUGAAAAUCGGACCAUUGCCCACAGUCCAUCAUCAAUUUCAGAAAGUUCAUCUAAAGAGAGUCAAAGUACAGCUGAAAUUCUAAGUCCUCCAUCACCAGACCGACCUCCUCAUUCACAAACCUCUAGCUCCUGUUAUUAUCAUGUCAUCUCAAAGGUCCCUAGGAUUCGAACACCCAAUUACUCUCCUACACAGAGAUCCCCUGGCUGUCGGCCAUUGCCUUCUGCAGGAAGUCCUACCCCAACUACUCAUGAAAUAGUCACAGUAGGUGAUCCUUUACUCUCCUCUGGACUGAGAAGCAUUGGCUCCAGGCGACACAGUACUUCUUCCUUGUCACCCCAGCGGUCUAAGCUCCGGAUAAUGUCUCCAAUGAGAACUGGGAAUACUUACUCCAGGAAUAGUGUUUCCUCAGCCUCCACCAUCGGGACCCCUACAGAUCCUGAGUCAAGUGCCAAAGCAGUUGAUCAUAACUUAGGGCCACUGAAUUCAAGUGCUACCGUAGGGCACAGCACUCCCACAUCUUCAAGUUUGCAAAGGACAGUAGUCACUAUAGGCUCUAAAACCAGUCACUUGGAUGGAUCUUCAUCUUCAGAAACGAAGCAUUCUGGUGCUUCAGAUGUGACAUCCAAGGGCUCCUCUUUAAAGGGAGAAAAAAUCAAAAUGCUGAGUUCCAAGAGUUCAGAGGGAUCUGCACAUAACCUGGCUUACCCUGGAAUUCCUAAAUUAGCUCCACAGGUUCAUAACACAGCUUCUGGAGAAUUAAAUGCUAGUAAAAUCAGCAAUUUUGCUGAACCUUCUUCAGCGCCAUUUUCUUCUAAAGAGGCCCUCUCCUUCCCCCAACUCCAUUUGAGAGGACAAAGGAAUGAUCGAGACCAACACACAGAUUCUACCCAACUGACUAAUCCUUCUCCAGAUGAAGAUACUGAAAUCAAAACCUUAAAGCUUUCUGGAGUGAGCAACAGAUCAUCCAUUAUCAGUGAACAUGUGGCAUCUAGUUCCAGAGACAGGAGACAAAAGGGGAAAAAGUCUUGUAAAGAAAUUUUCAAAGAAAAGCAUGCCAGUAAAUCUUUUUUGGAACCUGGACAGGUGACAACUGGUGAGGAAGGAAACCUAAAGCCAGAAUAUGUGGAUGAGGUUUUGACUUCUGAAUUUAUGGGGCAACGGCCAUGUAAUAAUGUUUCUUCUGAUAAGAUUGGAGAUAAAGUCCUUUCUGUUUCAGGAGUCCCCAAAGUUCCAUCCAUGCAAGUAGAAGGAUCUGCCAAGGAAUUACAAGCACCCCGGAAACGCACAGUCAAAGUGACAUUGACACCUUUAAAAAUGGAAAGUGAAAAUCAGUCCAAAAAUGCACUGAAAGAAAGUGGUCCUGCCUCCCCUUUGCAAAUAGAGUCAGCAUCACCAACAGAACCAGUUUCAGUUUCCGAAAGUUCAGGAGAUGGGCCAGUGGCUCAACCAAGCCCCAAUAAUGUCUCAUCCCAGGAUUCUCAAAGUAACAACUAUCAGAAUCUUCCGGUACAGGACAGAAACUUAAUGCUUCCAGAUGGCCCCAAAGCUCAGGAGGAUGGCUCUUUUAAGAGGAGAUAUCCCCGUCGCAGCGCCCGUGCACGUUCUAACAUGUUCUUUGGGCUAACCCCACUGUAUGGAGUCAGAUCCUAUGGCGAAGAAGAUAUUCCAUUCUAUAGCAGCUCCACCGGGAAGAAGCGAGGCAAGAGAUCAGCUGAAGGGCAGGUGGAUGGGGCCGAUGACUUGAGCACUUCAGAUGAGGACGACUUGUAUUACUACAACUUCACAAGAACAGUCAUUUCUUCAGGUGGAGAAGAACGGCUGGCAUCCCAUAAUUUAUUUCGGGAAGAGGAGCAAUGCGAUCUUCCAAAAAUUUCACAGUUGGAUGGUGUUGAUGAUGGGACAGAGAGUGAUACCAGUGUCACAGCAACAACAAGGAAGAGCAGCCAGAUUCCAAAAAGAAGUAGUAAAGAAAAUGGAACAGAAAACUUAAAGAUUGAUCGACCUGAAGAUGCUGGAGAAAAAGAACAUGUCAUUAAGAGUUCUGUUGGCCACAAAAAUGAGCCAAAGAUGGAUAACUGUCAUUCAGUAAGCAGAGUUAAAACACAGGGACAGGAUUCCUUAGAAGCUCAGCUCAGCUCAUUGGAGUCAAGCCGCAGGGUCCACACAAGUACCCCCUCAGACAAAAAUUUACUGGACACCUACAAUACUGAGCUUCUGAAAUCAGAUUCAGACAAUAACAACAGUGAUGACUGUGGGAAUAUCCUGCCUUCAGACAUUAUGGACUUUGUACUGAAGAAUACUCCAUCCAUGCAGGCUUUGGGUGAGAGCCCAGAGUCAUCUUCCUCAGAACUCCUGAAUCUUGGUGAAGGUUUGGGUCUUGAUAGUAAUCGGGAAAAGGACAUGGGUCUUUUUGAGGUAUUUUCUCAGCAGCUGCCCACAACAGAGCCUGUGGACAGUAGUGUCUCUUCCUCUAUCUCAGCAGAGGAGCAGUUUGAGUUGCCUCUAGAGCUGCCAUCUGAUCUCUCUGUCCUGACCACCCGAAGUCCUACGGUCCCUAGCCAGAAUCCCGGUAGACUGGCUGUCAUCUCAGACUCAGGAGAGAAGCGAGUAACCAUCACAGAGAAAUCUGUAGCCCCCACUGAAGGUGACUCAGCACUGCUAAGUCCAGGAGUAGAUCCUACUCCUGAAGGCCACAUGACUCCUGAUCACUUUAUCCAAGGACACAUGGAUGCAGACCACAUCUCCAGCCCUCCUUGUGGUUCAGUGGAGCAAGGUCACGGCAACAGUCAAGAUUUAACUCGAAAUAGUAGCACCCCUAGCCUUCAGGUACCGGUUUCCCCUACUGUUCCCAUCCAGAACCAGAAGUAUGUGCCCAAUUCUACUGAUAGUCCCGGCCCAUCUCAGAUUUCUAAUGCAGCUGUCCAGACCACUCCACCCCACCUGAAACCAGCCACUGAGAAACUCAUUGUUGUUAACCAGAACAUGCAGCCACUUUAUGUUCUCCAAACUCUUCCAAAUGGAGUGACCCAAAAAAUCCAGUUGACCUCUUCUGUUAGUUCUACACCCAGUGUGAUGGAGACAAAUACUUCAGUAUUGGGACCCAUGGGAGGUGGCCUCACCCUAACCACAGGACUAAAUCCAAGCUUGCCAACUUCUCAACCUCUGUUCCCUCCUGCUAGCAAAGGAUUGCUCCCCAUGCCUCAUCACCAGCACUUACAUUCCUUCCCUGCAGCUACUCAAAGUAGUUUCCCACCCAACAUCAGCAGUCCUCCUUCAGGCCUACUUAUUGGGGUUCAGCCUCCUCCAGAUCCCCAGCUUUUGGUUUCAGAAGCCAGCCAGAGGACAGACCUCAAUACCACAGUAGCCACUCCUUCCUCUGGACUCAAGAAAAGACCCAUAUCUCGUCUACAUACCCGAAAGAAAAAACUUGCUCCCUCUAGUACCCCUUCAAACAUUGCCCCCUCUGAUGUGGUUUCUAAUAUGACAUUGAUUAACUUCACACCCUCCCAGCUCUCAAAUCAUCCCAAUCUAUUAGAUUUGGGGUCACUUAAUACUUCAUCUCAUCGAACUGUCCCCAACAUCAUAAAAAGAUCUAAAUCUGGCAUCAUGUAUUUUGAACAGGCACCCCUAUUACCACCACAGAGUGUGGGAGGAACUGCUGCCACAGCAGUGGGCACAUCAACAAUAAGCCAAGACACUAGCCACCUCACAUCAGGGCCUGGUUCUGGCUUGGCAUCCAGUUCCUCCGUCUUGAAUGUGGUAUCCAUGCAAACUACAACAACUCCUACAAGUAGUGCAUCAGUUCCAGGACAUGUCACCUUAACUAACCCGAGGUUGCUUGGUACUCCAGAUAUUGGUUCAAUAAGCAAUCUUCUAAUCAAAGCCAGCCAGCAGAGCCUGGGCAUUCAGGAACAGCCUGUGGCUCUACCACCAAGUUCAGGAAUGUUUCCACAAAUGGCGACAUCACAGACUCCCUCUACUGCUGCAAUGACUGCAGCAUCUAGCAUCUGUGUGCUCCCCUCUUCUCAGACAGCAGGCUUGACGGCUCCAUCACCAGCUGGCGAGGCAGAAGAACAUUACCAGCUUCAGCAUGUGAACCAGCUCCUGGCCAGCAAAGCCGGGAUCCUUUCUUCCCAGCGUGACCUUGAUUCUGCUUCUGGGACCCAGGUAUCCAACUUCACCCAGACAGUAGAUGCUCCUAAUAAUGUGGGGCUAGAGCAGAACAAGGCUUUACCCUCAGCCAUGCAAGCCAGCUCAGCCUCUCCAGGGGGCUCUCCAUCCUCUGGACAGCAGUCAGGGAGCCCCUCAGUGCCGGCCCCCACUAAACCCAAACCAAAAAUCAAACGGAUUCAGCUGCCCCUGGAUAAAGGGAAUGGCAAGAAGCACAAAGUUUCCCAUUUGAGGACCAGUUCUUCUGAAGCACACAUUCCAGACCAAGAAGCCAACACAGCAUCCCUGACCUCAGUCAUAGGGACUCCAGGAGCAGAGGCUGAGCAGCAGGAUACAGCUAAUAUGGAACAGUCUUCACAAAAGGAAUGUGGGCAGCCUGCAGGACAAGCAGCUAUUCCAGAGAUUCCAGUAACCCAAAAUCCAGCAAAUGAGCAAGAAAGUACAGAACCUAAAGCAGUAGAAGAAGAAGAAAGUAAUUUCAGCUCUCCACUGAUGCUUUGGCUCCAGCAAGAACAAAAGCGGAAGGAAAGCAUAGCUGAGAAAAAGCCCAAGAAAGGACUAGUUUUUGAAAUUUCAAGUGAUGAUGGCUUUCAAAUCUGUGCAGAAAGUAUUGAAGAUGCCUGGAAAUCACUGACAGAUAAAGUCCAGGAAGCUCGAUCAAAUGCCCGCCUGAAGCAGCUCUCAUUUGCAGGUGUUAACGGUUUGAGGAUGCUGGGGAUUCUCCACGAUGCAGUUGUAUUCCUGAUUGAGCAGCUAUCUGGUGCCAAGCACUGUCGGAAUUAUAAAUUCCGUUUCCACAAACCUGAGGAGGCCAAUGAACCCCCCUUAAACCCUCAUGGCUCAGCCAGGGCUGAAGUCCACCUGAGGCAAUCAGCAUUUGACAUGUUUAACUUCCUGGCUUCUAAACAUCGACAGCCACCUGAAUACAACCCAAACGAUGAGGAAGAGGAAGAGGUACAGCUAAAGUCAGCUCGGAGUCUUACAUGGAGAGGGUACCCUUCUUUCCUUUUACCUAAGUGUUUCAGGGCACUCUCUGUGCCUGCUCUUUGUUCCACCUUCUGUCCUAGGUCUCCCAUCCAUGGCCGGGGGCUUUUCUGCAAGAGAAACAUAGAUGCUGGAGAGAUGGUCAUUGAAUAUGCUGGCAACGUCAUCCGCUCCAUCCAGACUGACAAGCGGGAGAAGUAUUAUGAUAGCAAGGGCAUUGGUUGCUACAUGUUCCGAAUUGAUGACUCAGAGGUGGUAGAUGCCACCAUGCAUGGAAAUGCUGCACGCUUCAUCAAUCACUCAUGUGAGCCAAACUGCUACUCUCGGGUCAUCAACAUUGAUGGGCAGAAGCACAUUGUCAUCUUUGCCAUGCGUAAAAUCUACCGUGGAGAGGAACUCACUUAUGACUAUAAGUUCCCCAUUGAGGAUGCGAGCAACAAGCUGCCCUGCAACUGUGGCGCCAAGAAGUGCCGGAAGUUCCUAAAUUAAAGCUGCUCUCCUCCCCCUGUGCUGGAGUCCUAGGACCCAGGGCCAUCCAAAGCAAUGCUAAGGCCUUUUCCAGCAUCUAGGAGCUCCAGGAUUGAGCCGGCACAAUUGAGGGGCCUCCGUGAUGGCAUCACACCCUAUGUCCCAUAUUCACAUCAUUAUGUGAUCGUAGUCCUGGGGAAGAGAGGAGGUCUUGAAGAUCCUUGAUUGGCUUUUUCCUAGGGCCCCCUGUUUGCUAUUAAAAGUGGGAAACAGGUUCCCUAGGAGAUUUAUCUGGAAGGAGCCUACAGAGGGUUAGUUAUAUGGUAGAUGAGGCCUGAGCAUCUCAGAGAACAAGUUGUCAUCCUUGUCUUGGCCCUUUCCCAAGCACUAUAAGUGAGGGGUCAGGCAAGACCCCAGAUGCAGGGCUGGUUGGAUACCUAAUAGUUUGCUCAUCAGGCCCCAAGUGUGGCCGUCUGUUGAACAAAUAGAGAAGGUCUGGUGAUUUUUCCCUACUAUCUUCCCACUUAAGAGUUCACUUCCAGUUGGGAGACAAGAUUCCUAGCAUCUCUGGUGUCAAAAGGCUGUCUUGGGGUUGUGCCAAUUAAUUACCAAACAUUGAGCCUGUGGGCUUUGAGUGGGAGUGUUACCCCAGUGGGCCUUAUCUCAGCCAAUUACCUUUCUUGACAGUAGGAGCGGCUUCCCUCUUCCAUUCCUUCUCUUCACUCUACUUUCUUCCCUUUCCCUGUCCUUCAUCCCACUGCUUUCCAUUUCUUUCUGGGUGGUAGGGGAGAUUGACUCCCUGCUCAAGGACACUCCCUGUUGGGCGUAGGAUGUGCCUACAAAAAGUUCCCUGAGCCUGUAAGCACUCCAGGUGGGGAAGUGGACAGGAGCCAUUGGCCAUAACCAGACAGAAUUUGGAGAAGUUUUCAUAAAGCUCCUCUGAGAGUUUUAAAGAAAUAUAUGUAGCAUGAUUUUUUAGAAGAGGAUAAAGGUUAUUUAAAUAGGAUUUGAUCAUGCAACAACCAGAGUGUCACAACCAGGACAACCCCUGGGCCCCAUUCCUAGGGCGUGGUUACUUUGUUUUCCCCAUGUUAAGACAUAGGAAGACUUAAUUUCUAAAUGGUCAGCGACCAAUUGAUGGCAGAACACUAAUCAUAUUUCCAGGCCCAAAACUUGGGGACUAGACCACCUUGUGUUGAGGGACCUCUGCCACCUGUGCGCAAUCCAUGGAUGAAGUAAAUUAAAUGACACUACUGCCCUGAUUACUCCUUAGGAUGUCGUCAAAAUAGCAUCAAAUGUUUCUCCUCUUUCUUCCCCCAAGACAGUCCUGAACCUGUUAAAUUAAGUCAUUGGAUUUUACUCUGUUCUGUUUACAGUUUACUAUUUAAGGUUUUAUAAAUGUAAAUAUAUUUUGUAUAUUUUUCUAUGAGAAGCACUUCAUAGGGAGAAGCACUUAUGACAAGGCUAUUUUUUAAACUGCGGUAUUAUCCUAAUUUAAAAGAAGAUCGGUUUUUAAUAAUUUUUUAUUUUCAUAGGAUGAAGUUAGAGAAAAUAUUCAGCUGUACACAAAGUCUGGUUUUUUUCCUGCCCAACUUCCCCCUGGAAGGUGUACUUUUUGUUGUUCCAUGUGUAGCUUGUUUGUGCCCUGUUGACGUAAUGUUCCCUGGGUCUGCUCUUUGACAUAAUGGAGAAGGAAGGUCACCCAGCUCCAUUAAGCCACUCCCCUCCUUCCACACUGAAGCUCCUCAAAAGGCUACUGUAGUAUGUUAACACACCAGUUUCUUCUCUUCUUUCCCACACUGUCCCUCUGUCUCUGGCACUGGCCCCAGAGUAGUGAAAGGCAGUGCUCUUUUGCGUUUCCCUCAUCUUUACUACUUCAGAGUUAGCAACUAACAAGUUAAAUGCACCUUGACAUUCUUCAUCACCAUCUGCCUCAUAGAUCACCUCCUUUCCUUUCCCUCUGCCCACCAAGUCCUCAUAUCUGCAAAGAACCCAUUGAUUCCCUUGUGCCCUCUUUUGGGGCAGCCCGUUGAAACUGAAGCACAGUCUGACCACUCACGAUAAAGCAGAUUUUUCUCUGCCCCUGCCACAAGAUUUCAGAGUAGUGCAGUCCAAGUUGAGGCUGGGGCACCCUUUUCUUGCCACAAGAAGCCCAUUCCUCUGUUAAGUCUAGCAAAGCAAUACGACUCAGCCCAGCACUCUCUGCCCCAGGACUCAUGGCUCUGCUGUGCCUUCCAUCCUGGGCUCCCUUUCCUUCUGUGACCUUAAGAACUUUGUCUGGUGGCUUUGCUGGAACAUUGUCACUAUUUCCACUGUCAUGCAGGGGAGCCCAGCACUGUGGCCAGGAUGGCAGAAUUUCUUGUCAUCGUGGAGAAGUGCCAGCAGGGGACUGGGGAAAAGCACUCUACCCAGACCUCACCUCCCUUCCUCCUUUUGCCCAUGAACAAGAUGCAGUGGCCCGAGGGGGUCCACUAGUGUCUGGUUUCCUUUAUUAUUGCACUGUGUGAGGUUUUUUUGUAAAUCCUUGUAUUCCUAGUUUUGUUUUUAAGAAAAAAAAAAAAACCUUAAGCUGCAUUUGUUACUGAAAUGAAUAAUGCACUGAUGGGUCAUGAAUUCACCUUGAGAAAGACCCAAAGGCCAGUCUGAGGGUGGGGGAAACUCAGCUAAAUAGACCUAGUUACUGCCCUGCUAGGCCAUGCUGUACUGUGAGCCCCCUCCUCCUCCUCUUUCUAUAAUCCCAAACCCUGAGGUCAGGGGAGGAACCUACACCUUUCCUUCUCCUGCCAGCUGCAGAUUGUUUGCCUUGCCUUUCCACCCCCAACCGUCAACCACAGAAAUGAGAAAUCCCUCUUAACAGCUCAGCCUUGAGUCCAUUGCCAAAAUGUCAGCAUACCUGCCAGCAACUUGGAGAAUAAGCUAAGGUUUCCCUGUGGGAGGGAAUGAGGCAAAACGGCAUUUCUAUCUCCAAAACAUGUCCGUGAGUUUGUUUAGAAAGUGACCAAGGGAAUUUUCGCACAGAAAUGCAGAUUGAGGAAUUGUGGUGGGUCAUUCCCAAGAAUCCCCCAAGGGGCACCUCAGAUCCCUAAGGAAUAACAGCUGCAAACCUUGUCAGUUCUCAGUGAGAGCCAGCUCACUCAACGCUUUGCUGCUAGAACCUGUUGUGGCUGCAUUUCCUGGUGGCCAGUAACAACUGUGUAACCAGAAAAGCUGCAUGGCACUGACCCUUUGGCCGGAACCUGGUCCCUUGGCUCCCUCUGUUGAUACCCACCAUGUCCAACACAACCCCUCUUUCUGUUUUUAGACCAGUAACAAGAAUUAAGGGGAAGCCCUGGCACUAUAUGUUUUCAUCCAGACUCCUUUUGCCAGGACCCAGCCCACCACCCUGCUUUCCUCUGUCAACGCCACCACCACUACCACCCCCCCGCCCGCCGGCCAAUGCAGUGAGCGCCAUGCAGCCAUCUUGAGUUAAAAAAAAAAAAAAAAAAAAAUACAACACACACAUACACAUACACACACUUUUAAUGAAUGUAUCUUUCUAAAG